AUGGUUAAACAAGGUAUCCGAAAUCGAAAGAGGAAUAGUAUCGCUAUAAAGAAGAAGGGUGAAACUCAAAAUUACGUGUUGGCUGAAUUUGAUAAAAGAAACGAGAACUUCUGCAUAUAUUAUAAAAGUCAGGGAAUUGUAAAAGAUGAUGAGUGGGAUGCAUUCAUAGCAGCUUUAAAAGACGAUUUACCGACGUCAUUCCGUAUCCAAGGAAGCAGCAACGAAGCACAAUCUUUGAUCGAAUUAAUGAAUAGCCAUUAUUUCGAGCCCAUGAAACAAUGGGAAGAUGGCGACACGUUUAUACCAAAGCAGCUUUCCUGGCAUCCAUAUGCUUUCCAGACUCCAAUAUCACGUGCCACAUUACGUAGUCGACCACUGCUGAAAAACUUCCACAAUUUUCUUAUCACCGAGGCUGAACUGGGUAAUAUUAGUCGACAAGAAGCGGUUAGCAUGAUCCCUCCACUUCUGCUUGAUAUAAAAUCGCAUCACAAGAUUCUUGAUGUGUGUGCUGCACCCGGAAGUAAAACUACGCAGAUUAUAGAAAUGAUGCAUUGCGAUGACAAAAUACCUGGCCUUAUUGUGGCAAAUGAUGUUGAUAACUCACGUUGUUAUUUGCUGGUACAUCAGGCUCUGAAAAGAAUGCCAACAUCAAAUUGUAUUGUAAUCAAUGAGAAUGCCGCGUUUUUGCCGAAUUUAUUAAUAGAUAAAGUAAAACCGUUACUGUUUGAUAGAGUACUUUGCGAUGUAAUUUGUAGUGGUGAUGGAACAUUCCGAAAAAGUCCAGAUAUGUGGCAAUCUUGGAAUCCUGUCAAGGGUUUGGGUUUGCAUAAGCUUCAGAUUAACAUUGCUCAACGUGCUGUACAGCUACUUGCGGUGGAUGGUCUUAUGGUAUAUUCAACAUGUUCCUUAAAUCCUAUAGAAAACGAAGCAGUUAUUGCAUCCUUACUUCGUUCUAACGCUGGUGCCUUGGAGCUUAUUGAUGUUUCUCAACAGUUGCCUCAGCUGAAGCGAAUGUCAGGACUCUCGAAGUGGAGGGUAUUUGAUAAAGCCAUGCGUGAGUACAGUAUUCUUGAAGAUGUAAUCGCUGAUCAAAGGCGCUACUUUACUUCAUCGAUGUUUCCCCCAAACGAUGACGAAAUUCGGAAUUUUCAUUUGGAACGCUGGUAUGUUUUUCGAAUAUUACCACACUUGCAAAAUACUGGAGGAUUUUUUGUUGCAGUGCUGAGAAAAUUAAAACCGCUUAACCAAACUGACAAAACUGCUUUCAAUUUGCCGUCAAUGAAAAGGCAUCAAACAUUCAAGGAAGAUCCAUUUGUAUUUCUUGAAAAAGACGAUAGCAGAUGGAAAGAUAUUGCGAGUCAUUACGGAAUAUCUGAAAUGUUCCCUUAUCAGAAUCUUUUGGGUAGAACUGCUGAACCAAGUAAAAAACGGACGUUAUAUUUCGUAAACAGUGCAGUUAAGCAGUUUCUUCUCUGUAAUCAAGAUAAGGUAAAAGUGAUCAAUGCAGGGAUUCGUAUGUUUGGGCGAGUAGAAAGCAAAUAUAAUCUAUGUCAAUUUCGGAUACUGCAAGACGGUAUCAGAACAAUUUUGCCAUAUCUGGGAAAAAGGACAGUUGAAAUUAGCGUAGAAGAUAUGUGCAAAAUUUUAAAAGUUGAAGAUAGAAAUGGGAAUUGUCAAAGAUACGAAUUGGAAUGUGAUAAAAAAUUUCGCGGCAUUUCAUCUGGAAGUGUCAUACUUGUGUCAGAAUAUAAUGGAUUGAAACAAGUUAUUUGUGCUUGGGUAGGAGUCAAGACUCUUGCGCCGUAUGUUAGCAGAGAAGAAAAAAUUCAUACAUUGCGUUUGCUUAAUUGCGAUACCUCUAAAUUUGAAGAGGUUAUGUGGACCAAACGGCAAUCGAAAGCAGUUUGUGAUAGAGACAAAGCAGUGAAGCGCAAAAUUCUAGAAAAGUCAGGUGGAAUUGAAGGAGAAGCAAAAAAGUUAAGCAAUGGGCAUUCAGGAAAAAAUGAAAAAAAAGGAAAAGAAGACAAACCAAGCGAUGCUGGUCUCAACGGAACUGAUGAUAAGAUGAAACGAGCAGAAUCUAGAGAUGAAUUAUUCAAGAAGUUAACUUUUGGAAUUAAAAAAAGCCGGCUAGAACAAAGAAAGGAGGAAACAGAUCACGGUUUGUCGCUUUUACGAAUCCUGCCAAAUAAUUACAAAGAAGAAUACAAGCGAAAUAAAGGAGCAAGUAGUGAGUCAGGCAGCGGUUUAGUAACAUCUGGAAAAGAACCUGAAAUUCUUGGAGGACUUAAAAAUGUUUUAAGGAAGAAAAAAUGCAGAAGUCUAGCUGUAAAGAGAGAACAGAUUGCUUGUUUGCGCAAAUUCAAUCGCAUCUUCGUUUGGGGUGAUAAUGUUCCUGAUCCUGUGAUACAGUUUAACAAAAUUCACGGAUUAUCACAUGAACUUAUCAAUAAUUUAAAAGAAUUUGGUAUCACGGAACCAACUCCAAUCCAGAUGCAAGCGAUUCCAGUAAUGAUGCAGAAAAGAGACUUAUUAUGCUCUGGGAAAACAUUAGCUUUUGCUCUGCCGAUUAUUUCUAAUGUUGUACAUCGCAAACAUCAUGCAGCAGAAGGCCAAUACCAUAUGUUGAAUGCUGUAGUACUUGAACCAACUCAUGAACUUGCUAAACAGACAUAUGUCCAGUUCCUGAAAUUUUCUCAGAACCUAUCCGUCUCGUGUUUUUUUCUGCAGGGAGACGAAAUCCCGGAAAAUGCAAACAUCGUCAUUUCCACACCAAAUAAACUAGUUUAUGCUUUGAAGAAAAACAAGAUAUUAUCAAAUGGACUGAAUUGGCUUGUCGUUGAUGAGAGUGAUAGACUUUUCGACACUACAGAAGGAGAUGACAGGUGCUUUAGGAGUCAGCUUGCUAAGAUAUAUCAAAUAUGCAGUGAAAGUCCUGUGCGCCGUGCCUUUUUUAGUGCAACAUUUUCAUAUGAAGUUGAAGAUUGGUGCAAAAAGAAUCUUAACGAUGUAGCUAUGAUUUGUAUUGGCUCACGAAAUUCAGCAGUUAACAGCGUAAAACAAGAGCUGGUUUUUGCUGGAUCAGAGCAUGGUAAAGUUACAAGUCUAAAAGCAUUAUUUCAAAACAGUUUCAAACCUCCAGCACUCAUUUUUGUGCAGAGUAAAUUGCGAGCAAAACAAUUGGUACCAAUUAUAGAAUCACUUCAACCACCAAUCCCAGUAAAAAUGAUUUCAAGUGAAAAGACAGAGGCUGAGCGUGAGUCAGCAAUUGCCGAAUUUCGCAAUGGACAGAUUUGGAUUUUAGUUUGUACAGACUUGAUGGGUCGAGGAUUGGAUUUAAGCGGAGUAAAUCUCGUAGUCAAUUUCGAUCUUCCAACUUCUGUUAUCAGCUAUAUCCAUCGAAUAGGUCGAGCAGGGCGAGCUGGGCGAAGAGGACAUGCAAUCACAUAUUUUACCGAAAAUGAUUUGAGCUUUAUCCGUCCAAUAGCAACAGUUAUUAAACAAGCCGGUUUUGAAGUUCCAGAAUAUACAUUAAGGAUUCGAAAGCCGACAAAGAAAGAAAGAAAAAAGUUAUUGACACAUGCUCCCAAGCGAAGAAAUAUUGGAUCUUUAAAAAAUGCAGGUGAAAAGAGAAUGAAAGAAGGAAAAAAAUCAAGACGAUAG